AUGUGUUGUGUUUGCACCUUGUGUCUGCAGACGAAAACUGGUAUUGCAUUGCUGUAUGACGAAGGGUCUGAAAACGCCUAUGACGUCCGACUGAAGCUAACAAAGGAGGUGCUAACUCUUCAAAAACAAGACGUCAUCUGUACCAGUGGAAGCAGUCGCAGUGCAAAUCACAGAACUGUUACACUUCGCAGACACCCUAUUGGAGGCUUGGGACUGAGUAUAAAGGGAGGUGCUGAACACAAGGUCCCUGUCGUCAUAUCAAAAAUAUUUAAAGAUCAAGCAGCUGACCAAACAGGAAUGUUGUUCAUAGGAGAUGCAGUUAUGCAGGUUAACGGCAUUAAUGUAGAAAAUGCAACCCAUGAAGAAGUGGUGCAUCUUUUGAGGAACGCCGGCGAUGAAGUUACCAUCACUGUUCAGUAUCUCAGGGACGCACCAACAUUUCUCAAGCUGCCAUUAGGAUCCCCAGGGCCAUCCAGUGAUCAUAGCAGUGGGGCUUCUUCGCCUCUGUUUGACAGUGGUUUGCACUUAAAUGGAAACUCCAGUAACACAGCACCAUCAUCACCUUCCUCCCCCAUAGCUAAUGAUCCAAAAUAUGAAAAACGCUGGCUUGACACCUUGUCAGUUCCUCUGACUAUGGCUCGCAUCUCAAGGUACAAACCUGGAAUAGAAAAAUUAAGGUCAAAUGCAUUUGAGGUUCUGGCUCUGGACGGAAUCAGCACUGGGAUUCUUCAAUUCUACACAGCCCAGGAGAGUGCUGAGUGGCUGAAAGCUGUAUCCGCAAAUAUUAGUGAUCUGACACUUCAAAAUAUGAAAAUGGCAAAUAAAUGCUGUUCUCCUAGCGACCAGGUUGUGCAUAUGGGGUGGGUAAAUGAGAAACUCCAAGGAACGGACUCCUCCCAAACCUUCAGACACAAGUUCCUGGCACUAAAAGGUUCAUCCUUCUACAUUUUCAACACUCCUCCGGUGAGCACAUUAGACUGGGUACGAGCUGAGAAACUCUACAACCUCUGUGAGGUAUUAUUUAAAGUUCAUAAGUUCUGGCUUACGGAUGAUUGCUGGUUACAAGCAAAUUUAUAUCUGGGUCUUCAGGAUUUCGAUUUUGAAGAUCAGAGGCCAUAUUGCUUUAGUGUCAUGGCUGGCCAUGGGAAGAGUCAUUUUUUUAACGUAGAACUUGGAAGUGACCUUGCUGUCUGGGAGAAGUCAUUCCAAAGAGCUACUUUCAUGGAAGUUCAAAGAACUGGGUCCAAAACAUAUAUGUGCAGCUGGCAAGGAGAGAUGCUGUGUUUCACAGUGGAUUUCGCUUUGGGAUUCACCUGUUUCGACAGUAAGACCAAGAACGUGCUCUGGAGAUUUAAAUUCUCUCAGCUUAAGGGAUCUUCAGACGACGGGAAAACUCGAGUAAAGCUGCUGUUUCAGAAUCUAGACACCAAACAAAUCGAGAUGAAGGAACUUGAAUUCCAGGAUCUGACAUCUGUUUUGCAUUGCAUACACUCCUUUAUUGCAGCCAAAGUGGCCACGGUGGAUCCCGUGUUCAUAGACAGUCAGAGUAUUGCAAGAAAAUAUAUGUAUAGCAACUAAAAAGAAGCUUCUGUUGAGUGCUGAAAAAUUAAAUUAUUUUCUUAAGAAAUGAAUCU